ACGGAAAUAUGUGGUGUAAGAUAGGAACAAAACUGCUAAUCUUGCUACCUGUCGUCAGGUGUGAUGCAUGCAGGUGCCUCUUGCACAGGAUUUCACACCUGAUGCAUUUUGGUGCCUUCCUGAUCCUUAACAGCAAACAGACCACCAUCACACACCCAUCUCCAGGCUAUAUAUAUGUGUUCCAUCCUACACCUGAUACCUAGAUCAUCGACAUCUGUCCUUUUCAACAUUGACGAAGACGCCUGAGCGACCGACCAGCUGCCUCUUGAUUCAUCAUGAGUGUCAAAUCCGUCCAAUCCGUGCAGCGGAGUUCCUCCUUCUACCAAAAGGGCAGUGGCGUGGUCAGAAGCACUUCGAGUGUGUAUGGCGGGGCAGGUGGAAGCGGCGCGCGCGUCUCAGCGUGGUCCGCGCCGCCCAGGAUCCAGGGGGGCUCGUUCUUCGAUCGCACCUCCGUGUUCAGGUCAAACCUCGGCGUGGGCCUCCACUACGACGAACAGGCCACCAUGCAGAACCUGAACGAGCGUCUGGCCAGCUACCUGGAGAAGGUGUGCACGCUGGAGAAGGCCAACGCCGAGCUGGAGCUGAAGAUCAAGGAGAGCUACGGGCAGAGGAUCAUUGUGUCAGAAGACUACAGCCAGUACCAUGUCACCAUCGAAGGCCUAUUUAAAAAGAUUUCCAUGGCCAGCCUGGAAAACACCAGGGUUUCUUUGGACAUUGAAAAUGCUCGAUUGGCUGCUGAGGACUUCAAACUGAAGUAUGAGACUGAACUCGCCAUGCACCAGGCAGUGAUGGCUGACAACACCAGCCUCAAGGGUGUCCUGGAUCGGCUGACUAUAUCGCGCUCCGACCUAGAGAUGCGGAUCGAGGGUCUGAGAGAGGAGAUGGCCUUCCUGAGGAAGGACCACCUGGAGGAAAUGGCCGUCCUGAGAGUGGAGGUGAAAAAGCAUCUGGUGACCGUGGAGGUGGACGCGCCGGCCCCGGAGGACCUGGCUCGGAUCCUGGAUGAGAUGCGUGCCCAAUACGAGGCCACCAUCGUUAAGAACACGCGUGACAUUGAGCUCUGGUACAACACCAAGAUGAAGGAGUUAAACCCAAAUGGUUGUAACUGGAACAUUGAACUGGACAAGCUGCGCAUUCAGCUCAGUGAAAUGAGGAGAAGUAUGCAGAAACUGGAGAUCGAGCUGCAGUCCUCAUUCAGUCUGAAUGCGGCCCUUAAGGUCUCUCUGCAGGAGAUCCAGUCUCGCUUCAGCCUGCAGCUUGGUCAGUUCCAGUCCAUCAUCAGAGUCCUGGAGGCCGACGUGAGCCAGGUGCGCAUCGACAUCGAGAGGCAGAGCAGCGAGUACAAGAUGCUGCUGGACAUCAACACCCGGCUGGAGCUGGAGAUCGCUGAGUACAAGAGACUGCUGGACGGAGAUGGCUUGCUGCCGUUAAUUAAGAAGACUGACAGUGAUAUUUCAAUCUGCAUUAGUACUAUACACGAGCCUCAAAUGACCAAGAGGACGAGGACCAUCGAGGAGGUGAUUGUGGAUGGAAAAGUGAUCUCCCGUGAGGAGGACGUGGAAGAGGAGCUGCUAGUGAGAGAGGAACUCUGACCCCAGGUCUCAUGGUGACAAGACAGGAGAAGUGACCAACGCAGCAGCGUAAACAGUAACAAUCUGCCAUGGAUACAAAGCAAAUGGAGAUUGGUCUUUGACAUUGAAGUCUCAAGCAGUUGUAACUAGCAAUAAAAAGCAGUGGUUGCUGCUUGUGCAAGUAGCUGUGCAUACAAAUGUGUGUGUGUGUGUGUGUGUGUGUGUGUUGUUUUUUGACCGAAGGUAAUAUAAAGUUCCCUUUACCUUCCCACCUUCUAAGUCAGGGCUGAGGGCAUGUUGUCUGUUUCCCAAGUCUGGAUUUUACUAAGAGUGUUGAGUUAUAGUUGCGGACUGCACCUACAAUGUGUGUUGAGGACAAUGUUUGCUGGUGCU